AUGAACCGGCGCCAACUCGCCCUCCUCAUCCUCCUCUCGACCGCAAUCGGGUUCAUGAUGUUCAGCAGCCUCACAAGCGGCCUGGCUAGCGUCCGCCCCCCCGUCGUCAUCAUCGGCUCGGGCCUCGCCGGCCUCAGCGCGGCCAUGGAAGCCCUCAGCGCGGGACAGAGGGUGCACAUGCUCGAACGCGCGACCAAGCCGGGGGGGAACUCGAUCAAAGCCAGCAGCGGGAUAAACGGGGUACCGACGCCGUACCAGCCGCCCGGUGAUUCUAUCGAUUUGUUCAAGAGCGACACGAUCCGAUCUGCCGGAAGUCGGUACACGGCGUCCCGCCAGGCGCUAGUCGACACGUUGGUCGAGCAGUCUGCGUCUGCGAUAGAGUGGCUGAGCAGUCUGGGGGUGGAUCUCAGCAAAGUCGCCCAGUUGGGCGGGCACAGCGCGGCCCGCACACACCGCGGAUCCUCGGGCCCGCCGCCGGGCUUCGCCAUCGUCUCGACGCUCCUGAACAAACUCAAGGCGUCGGAGGGCUUCACGCUGUCCACGAACGCAGACGUGACCGCGCUCUCCCUCUCGCCCCUCUCUGUGACGUACCAGACACCAGACGACGGCGCCGUCUCCCUCCCAGCGGCUUCAGUCGUGUUCGCCUCGGGCGGAUUCGCGGGCGAUGGGCCCGGGCUCUUGGCCCACUACCGGCCCGAUUUGGCAGGUAUGCCGAGCACGAAUGACGCGAGGCGCGACAACGCCCACAGUCUGCUCGUGGGCGCGGGCGCAGAGCUCGUGGACAUGGACAGCGUGCAGGUCCACCCGACGGGCUUCGUGGAUCCGAAGGAACCGACACAGCCCAUCAAGUUCCUCGCCGCCGAGGCGCUGAGGGGUGAGGGCGGCAUACUCCUGCACGAAGGUAGACGAUUCGUGAACGAGCUCGAGACGAGGGAACACGUGUCUGCUGCUAUUAUGCGUCUUCCUACGAAGGAGGGCGAGGGGAGACAGUGGGACGUCACCCUCCUCCUCGACCCUGGCGCAUGUAGUGCUGCCAAGACCCAUGUCGACUUUUACGUGUUCAAGGGCCUGCUCCGCCGCACCAAAGUCCGGGAUCUCGACGACAAGGUCCGCGCCGCUGUUGACGCGUAUGCCGCUGGUGUCGCCGGGGACCAGGAUGCGUUUGGAGGGAAGAGUUUCGGACACUGGACCCUCCAGGCUGGUGACGCCGAUGCUGAGGUGUGUAUUGGCAGGGUUACGCCCGUGACGCACUUCACUAUGGGCGGGGCCGUCAUCGAUGCCGACGCGAGGGUGCUUAAUGCCAACGGGGGGCAGAUUGGGGGCGUCUUCGCUGCGGGCGAGGUCACGGGUGGCUUGCACGGGGAUAAUCGCCUGGGAGGCAGUAGUCUGCUCGAGUGCGUCGUGUUUGGACGCAUUGCGGGGCGCAACGCGGCGAAGGCGGCUGGGGCGAGGCAGGAGUAG